AGAGCAGAACGAGCAUGUCAAGCAUGCCGUACCUCCAAAGUCCGCUGCCGAAAACCAGAUGAUGAUUGGCCUUGUUUGCGCUGUAGCGAGGUAGGCAGACAUUGCAUACCGCGCGAGGAGUCGAACAAGAGACAGAAACAGUUCGAUAGCAGAUCUAUCGAUGGUACUGGGACAAGACUAGAUGCUUUGGCAGAGGUUUUGCAACAUCGAGAUGCGGCCAUUUCGUCAACUCAGGCCGCUGCCUACUCCACUGCUCAUAUCGGGCAACUCAUUCGUGACGCCGUUGACGAUGAGACAACAAGCUUGAUCUUUAGCCACUUCAUGGACAAUAUGCUCCAACAUUUCCCCUUCAUGGCGUUUCGUCCGCACGCGACUGCAGAAGCUGUGCUCCGGACUACCCCGACCUUGCUCCUCGCUAUCCUAGACGCGGCAGGUGACGGCUUCUAUGAUGCGAAAGUCACGCGAUAUGUCCGACAGCUUCUUGUACGGGUAUAUUCUACUUGCGUGCUUGACACCAAUUUGUACAGGGUGUCUUUGUUGCAAGCUCUCAUCAUCUCGGUGGUGUGGCACAGAAGUCUGGAUUCCCCACAGGCUGGAGAACAGAUGGACAUUUUCCAGAUCAGUCAUACUGCUGCCAACAUGGCUAUGGUCAUGGGCAUGGGUAAGGGCAAUCGAUACACAAGCCUGGAAGUGAGGAGACUGUGGCUAGCGUGCUACCACAUUUGUUCAAGCGCUUCGAUGGCGCUACGCAUACCAAAUAUUAUGCGAUGGACUCGACAUAUUGACGAGUGUUUGGACGCCCUAAGCGUAUCUGACCAAGUGCUGUGCGCUCAAGUGAGGUUGCAAUACAUCUUGGAGGAGUGUGAAGCACAGUUGUCCUCCACCCCUAGUGUGACUGCGGUCAAUGUCACUCACAGAGUCGCCAAGCGUCAGCUAGCGGAGUGGGCUUCUGUAGCGCACAUCUGGAAUGGUACCUCCAUACCCUCACUUCCUGAAGAUGGUAGAACCUCCAUCAAUAUCAGUAAGUCUGAGUUCACCGAGAGCCUCACGGCCGCCCACGUCUUACUCGACACAUUUCUAUCUCUAGACAUGUCCCUGAUACGUGCUCUCCCAACAUCAUAUUCUGUGCAGAUAACACACACAGCAAUAGUGCUUGUGAAACUCCACUUUGCAUCAAGAGGAUUUCGGGACCAUGGAGAUCUGGAUCUCAAAGCUGACGACUACCUGGGGCGUCUGGUGAAGAAGUUCAGUGGUUGGGGUGCACUGUGGCCUGCCCAGAAACUUUCGUAUACUCUCCGCAGGCUUCACAGGAUGCUUCGCCAAUGUGGUAAUCAAGGAUUCGCUUCCGAGUUGUCCUGGCUCAAUGUAUGGACUUUA